UAUGAAUUUAUUGACAUUUUUAAAAACGGAAGGAGCCCCUUCUUGGUUGUUCACUCUCUAUUGCUCUCUCUCCAUCGUCAGUGUUCUCGGGAAGAAGGUAGGAGGAGAUUGCGACACGUAAUCACCGGAAUCGUCGGGAGAGAGAGAGAGAGUGAAGAGAUCUGAAGGAGUCUACUCCGAUGGGCACGCUUCAGUCGUGGCGUAAGGCUUAUGGAGCCCUAAAAGACACCACCAAAGUCGGCCUUGUCCGCGUCAACAGCGAUUACGCCGAUUUAGAUGUUGCCAUAGUCAAAGCUACGAAUCACGUCGAGUGUCCUCCCAAAGAUCGCCAUCUCAGAAAAAUAUUCGCAGCAACAGCAGUGACACGUGCUCGAGCAGAUGUUGCCUAUUGCAUUCACGCCCUUUCCCGCCGUUUGCAUAAAACUAGAAACUGGACGGUUGCUCUGAAAACACUCAUUGUGAUUCACCGGCUUCUAAGGGAAGGAGACCCCACAUUUAGAGAGGAGCUUCUCAAUUUUUCGCAGAGAGGUCGGAUUCUGCAGAUUUCCAACUUCAAGGAUGAUUCAGGCCCUAUCGCUUGGGAUUGUUCAGCUUGGGUGCGUACUUAUGCUUUAUUCCUUGAGGAACGGCUUGAAUGCUUCAGGGUUUUAAGAUAUGAUACUGAGGCUGAACCUCUUACUAAGGCUACCCCAGGGCAGGAUAAGGGGUACAGUAGAACCAGGGAUUUAGAUGGUGAAGAACUCUUGCUCCAGUUGCCUGCUUUGCAGCAGCUUCUCUAUCGUCUUAUCGGUUGCAAGCCAGAAGGCGCUGCUAACCACAAUCAUGUUAUACAAUAUGCUCUGGCUCUGGUGUUGAAGGAGAGUUUUAAAGUCUAUUGUGCCAUCAAUGACGGAAUCAUCAAUCUCAUUGACAAAUUCUUUGAAAUGCCUAAACAUGAAGCCGUCACUUCCCUUGAAAUAUACAAGCGUGCUGGUCAGCAGGCUCGCAGCCUUUCUGAAUUCUAUGAAGCGUGUAAAGGGUUGGAACUCGCUAGGAAUUUUCAAUUUCCUGUGUUAAGAGAGCCCCCACAAUCUUUUCUGACAACAAUGGAAGAGUAUAUUAAAGAAGCACCGCGUGCUGUUGAUGCCCCUGCUGAACCACUGCUUCUAACUUAUAGACCAGAUGAUGGAGUCGAGGAUACUGAACCAUCUCAUGAAGAACGUGAAGUUGUGUUGCCUUCAGAUGAUGUGGUUCUUGUAUCCGAAGAGACAGAACAUUCUUCCCCGCCUCCUCCUUCAGCUACCACUCAGACUCAGAAUAUCAUUGAUACAGAUGAUCUACUGGGUCUGAACACUGCCGCUCCUGAUGCAUCAGCGAUCGAGGACCAAAAUGCACUUGCUUUAGCCAUAAUCUCAACUGAUGGUGGCAACGCUUCAACGCCUCGUUCUUUCCAAGCAAACGAUUACGACCCUACAGGAUGGGAGCUUGCCCUGGUAACAACACCAAGUAACGAUAUCUCUGCAGCCACCGAUAGGCAAUUGGCUGGCGGGUUAGACACGCUUACACUGAACAGUUUAUACGAUGAUGGAGCCUACAUAGCCUCCCAACGCCGUGUCUAUGGUGCACCAGCCCCCAACCCAUUUGAAGUUCACGAUCCUUUUGCAACGUCCAACGGUACUCCGCCACCUCAGCAGCCAGCUGUGAACAACCCCUUUGUUGCUUACCAGCCAACUUAUCAGCAGCAUCAACUACAGCUAGCAGUUGCACCAAACCCCCAAGCCAAUAAUAGUAGUAGCAACCCGUUUGGGGAUUUUGGGGAGUUCCCGGUUAACCCGGUUUCACAGCAGCCAAACACCAGCGGGUUUGGUGAUUUUGCGGUUAACCAACAUAAUAAUCCGUUCCGCAGCACUGGUCUCAUCUGAUUAUGUUUCACGUGUUUAUUUCAUUGGUUUUUUUUAGUGGAGGGGAGAGAGAGUGAGAGAAUUGGUUUUAUUUGUGACUUGUGAGUAAUUGAAUUCACAUGAUUUGUUUGAUCUUCUAUGUUGUUCUUAUUGGUAGCUGGGAGAUGAUAUGCAUAUAUAUAUA